UCUGUGCUGGUGGUCUCUCUCUUAUAAACCCAUGGGCCCUCCCUCAUAGGCACCAUCAGAAUCCAGUACUUUGGCAGGUAACACUAGCCAGGAAGGUGGCUUAGACGAAGGGAAAAUAUGUUAGGACAGCUAAGUUUAAAAUAACUAUGCCCCAAUGACUAAAGUUCAGAGACCAUCGGAAAGACGAAAUUUGCUCAGAAUUAGUUACACAAAGUAGAGACUAGCAACAUUUCUACCCAUGUCCUGAGUUUUACAGUGAAGACAGCAGAGAGAAAACAGUAGGGACACGUAAUGAGAGUUAAUACGGUAAGCUGUUCAUUUGCUGGUUGGAGUGCUGGACUUGGAACUUAGGAGUGUCCGUUGGGAGUCACUUAGAACCACAUCUGACCUGGACUGAAAUGUAAGUAAGAGACAAGACUGGCUCAUAUCCUGGGGAAUAAGAACCUAUGACGAGGACAGAGAACAGGAAGCACUGCCUGGACUUCAACAGGACCUGCAGGCUCUCCUGGCAAGGGAAGGGUUCACCUGCAAAAAGCAAACAACUAGGCUAAUGGGGGUCUUGAUGUUCCGAAUGACCCUUUGUUCCUGAUUAUUCAAAGUGGACUCCGAAGGAGAAGUCACAGCAAAGAAGUUACCACCAAGCAGUCCCAGAGGGCCAGAAGCAAACCUGGAGGUGAGACCUGGAGAGAGCUGGAACCACGAUGACCUUGUGCACUACGGAGCAGCAGACUACUCCCAGAAGGCCCGCCGUCAACGCAGAGGAGGGAGGUGGGGGGCCCCAAAUCUGCCGUGUAUGUGGGGAUAAGGCCACUGGCUAUCACUUCAAUGUCAUGACAUGUGAAGGAUGCAAGGGCUUCUUCAGGAGGGCCAUGAAACGGAACGCCCGGCUGAGGUGCCCCUUCCGGAAGGGCACUUGCAAGAUCACCCAGACGACCCGGCGGCAAUGCCAGGCCUGCCGCUUGCGCAAGUGCCUGGAGAGUGGCAUGAAGAAGGAGAUGAUCAUGUCUGAUGCAGCCGUGGAGCAGAGGCGGGCCCUGAUCAGAAGGAAGAAGCGAGAACAGACUGGGGCGCAGCCCCUGGGAGCCAAGGGCCUGACUGAAGAGCAGCGGGCUAUGAUCAGGGAGCUGAUGGACGCACAGACGAAAACCUUCGACACCACUUUCUGCCAUUUCAAGAACUUUCGGCUGCCGGAGGCGCUCAGCAGUGGCCAUGAGAUCCCGGAAUCUCUGCAGACUCCAUCGGUGGAAGAAGCUACCAAGUGGAGCCAGAUUAGAGAAGAUCUGCGCCUACUGAAGGUCUCUCUGAAGCUGCAGGGGGAGGACGGCAGCAUCUGGAACUACAAACCCCCAGUGGCCACCAGCGGGAAAGAAAUCUUUUCCAUGCUGCCUCACAUGGCUGACAUGUCAACCUAUAUGUUCAAAGGCAUCAUCAACUUUGCCAAAGUCAUUUCCCACUUCAGGGACCUGUCCAUCGAGGACCAGAUCUCGCUGCUGAAGGGGGCUGCCUUUGAGCUGUGCCAGCUGAGAUUCAACACGGUGUUCAAUACAGAGACUGGGACCUUGGAGUGUGGCCGUCUGUCUUACUGCUUGGAAGACCCUACAGGGAGCUUUCAGCAGCUUCUGCUGGAGCCCGUGCUGAAGUUCCACUACAUGCUGAAGAAGCUGCAGCUGCACAAGGAGGAGUAUGUGCUGAUGCAGGCCAUCUCCCUCUUCUCUCCAGACCGCCCAGGCGUGGAGCAGCGCAGUGUGGUGGACCAGCUGCAGGAGCAAUUUGCCAUCACCCUGAAGGCCUACAUCGAGUGCAAUCGUCCCCAGCCUGGCCACCGGUUCCUGUUCUUGAAGAUCAUGGCUAUGCUCACCGAGCUUCGCAGCAUCAGUGCUCAGCACACCCAGCGGCUGCUGCGCAUCCACGACAUACACCCCUUCGCCACUCCCCUCAUGCAGGAAUUGUUCGGCAUCUCGGAGGCCCCCCAUGGGUGUGCCUCUAUGGGGCAGCCAGAGCCAGAGCCCGAGCCCUAGGGGCUGCUACUCCUGGGGCUGGACAGCUGGACGCUGCUGAGAUCAGACCAGGCCCUACAGACACUGCUUUCCUGGGGAACUCACGACAGCUCCGACGAUGCUGGCUAGACUUCCUCAGGAGGGGGACAUGGGACCCCAGCCCCCAGCACAGUCUGUGGGAGCAAAGCCAUUGACCCUCAUAGGGAGAAUGCACUGGCUGAGAGGUCAGGUCUAUGAAGGGGCAAGGCCACCGCUCCCUUAGAAAAGGCCUUAUGGCCUGGACAUUUAGGGUUGCGGUAGGAGAGCAGAAAGGAUGACUGGAGCUGGGCCAUCUGAGGGGUCUGUGCCCACACCCGAGUUCAUUAGCUUCUUGGGUUUUUUCACGGCUAUUUCUAGUUCUCCCGUGUUCUACUUCCCACUUACUCUCAACCUGCAGCCCCUGUCCUGAGUUGCUCAGGGAGUUCCAGGUCUGUGUUGAUCAGCAGGGCAUUAGUGUCUUUGAGAAUAUUCUAGAGAGAAGCCAGAGAGCCUGCACAAACGUCAGAAGCUCGUCGUGACCAUUCUAUGUGCCCACGCUUCCUCCUUCUGUGUCUCCGCAUCCAUCCGAACAUUAAGUACCAACAAGAUGUGACCUGCUGUGUGAUAGACAUGCUGAACCAGAUGUGGAUUCUGACCUUGGCUACUUUAUAGGCCGGUGAAGAAAACAAAGCAGAAACACAAAUAACUGAUCAAAGGGAGAAGUGACAAGUGACAUAAGAAGAGAUUUCUUUGAGCUGAUGCUAAACUAUGCUGAGGUGCUGGGUGCGCCUGGGGACUCAAGUCAGGGACCUCUGGAACGUGUGGGUAGGUGGGUGUGACUUGGUGAAGGGCUGCUCCACAUCUGAGCUGGGGCUCGGGUUUGCUCCUGAGGCUGGGACACCGGGGCGUGGAGACAGGCUGCACGGACGGGCAGUUAAUAAAUGUGUUAGGUGUGUGUGCAAUGGCACGUUCCUGUUUACAAAUCCAUUAGCAAAGCUCAAGAGUAUGAAAGUGUCUGCUUUGAUUAUAGACAUUUUGAGUAAAAAUGUUUUUGCUUUUUUUUCUGUGAAUUACACUUUAAUUUUACGUAGGCAUUCCACUCCUAAAGCUUAGUAAGCAAAUAUAAUUGAGUUUAAUGUCAAAUCAAGGCCUGACAGCUUCAAUAAUUAACUUUCGGCUAGAAAUUUAAAACUUUUUUUUCUAACUUUUGGGGAAAAGAACAUGUGGGGUGGGAAAAUAGAAAUGUCAUACAUACAAUGUAUGAAUUUUUAUUUCCAUUUUUUAGUACUUAUUUUACUAUUGCCCUUUACAUAUCUUAAGACUGUUGGUGCAAGAACAUAAAAAUGCAUGAACUUGGUUUUCUCAUAAAGUGAUUGUUCCAUAUAAAAAUGUUAUAUAUUUAUACCACAAUUAAACAUGUAAUAGUUGAACUAAUUUCAAAAGUCUAAUACAUUGAUGCAAAUGAAGCUACAAGUUAACUGAAUUUUAAGGAAGAUACUUGCUUAGCCUUUACCAUUUUACAAGAAGUUGACCAAACUCUGAGAAUGGAAGAAAUUGACACUACACAUCACAGUGAGCAAACCUAGUCCCUCCAUUCCUUCCAGAUUUACCAGCCUCUUCUGCACGGAGAUUUAGAACACACUCAUUUUUAAAAAGAAACAGGGUAAAAAAGCUUCUCUGCAAAUACAAUGAAUACAGCUUUUGCUCCCAGGAAAUUUGUCUCUUUUGGAAAUGUAACUGUCAUUUAACUGCAUUAAUAAAUCACAUAUACGUCCCCUUCC